AUGCUCUCGCACAAAAGAAUCUAUACCACUAUCAGCGUGGUCGGCCUUAUUCUUCUCUGGGGCAUUAUGUAUACCAACGGAGGCUUACAGGCAAUGUCGAACACCGCCAUUAGCGGCGUCUUCCCAGAUAACUCGACUCUACAAACCAAGCACGUUGGAAUCUUCCCUCUCGACCUACAGCUCAACAUUCUCAUCGCCUUCUUUGCCUCCGUCAGCAAGCUUCAUGGCGUUGAUGCGGGCCCUUACAUAAUGCUGCUGGAUCUGACCACCGCCUUGCUCGCCAUCAACAUGGCCGUGCUGGUCGAGAGUCGGCGCCGUUCCGGCAUCUGGCUGCGCAGUCCCGCGUUGUGGCAGUACGCGUGGAACUGCGGCGGUGUUGCUGCGUUCCUACCCAUAUGGUGCCUGCUCUACGUGACGCAGAGGGACACCAAGGUGGCUGUUCCAAUGCCGCCUGCAGAUUCGCAUACCUUCCCACUUACCGCACUUCUGAGUAUUCUAUUGGAGGCGCCACUGCUGCUACCGGCCUGGAUGGGCUGGAGUUCCACCAAUAUUCAGAUGGGUGUUGUACACUUCUUUUGUGGCCCCCCCAUCUUCAGUGGGUUUCAAGCACUGGUCUCACAGAUCGUUGCUCUUACCCACAACCAACGUUCAAUGGCAUCUUCUAAGUCGGGUAUUCGAACGGCAUACUUCAUCACAGGAAGCAUCACCGGAGUGGUUCAUCUUGGCAGCAUUCUGUUUAUACUGGUCUCUUCACCACCAGGCUUGUCGUUAAGUAGGGUCUACUUCCCGCACAGCAACCUGAUACAGAUUGGGGAACCCAACAUUCUUGUAGAGGCGGCUUUCCAGUUUCUGCAAUACGACUACAUCAUCAUGAAUGCUACCAUUCUUGUGCUUGGGACGCAUUUGAUUCGAACCAAACCAGGCAAUUUGUUCACAACAGUGACGCGGAAACCUGGAUCACUGGUCACGUUCUAUGGCUUGACAGCACUUCUCGGCCCUGGGGCGAGCAUGGCUUACGCGAUGUCUUGCGAAGAAGAUUUUUCUGAUGUUUCCGGUACAAAGAAGUAG